CCCAGUUUCCGGAAGAUCUCUGUACAAUGAUGGAGAAAAUGGAAUCCUAAGACCGUACCCAACUAUUCAAGCGGAUUUGUUAGAAUAAAAAGACCAAAGUCCAAGAUAACGAAUAACGACACAAAUACAAGACAGCUGGAUCGUGGUGACUCAGCGAUAGACAGCGUUUAUCUCCAACUUCUCUCCCUUCGACAACCGAUGGAGGGCUCCGACAGUUCUGAGCCGGGCGCCAGUGACCAACCAGAGGCCCAGCGCAGGCGGCAACGGGACCGGCUAGACCGGGAGGAGGCCUUCUACCAGUUUGUCAACAACCUGAGUGAGGCAGACUACCGGCUGAUGAGAGACAACAACCUGCUGGGUACCCCAGGUGAGAUCACAGCAGAGGAGUUGUUGAGUCGGCUGCAGCAGAUUAAGGAUGGACCAGAGCAGCAGCAGCCGAGCAUCAACACCAGUGAGACUGGAGAAGCUACAGGAGAACUGGUAGAAGGUCCAGAGGACCCGUCUAACGGCGACACCCUCUUGGAUUGGCUGAACACCGUCAGGCGGACAGGCAACACCACCCGCAGUGGUCACCGAGGCAACCAGUCGUGGCGGGCAGUGAGCCGGACCAACCCAAACAGCGGAGACUUCCGGUUCAGUCUGGAGAUCAACGUUAACCGUAACCUGGCCGAGCAGCAGGCCCGUGCGGAGGGGGAGGCCGAGGCGCAGGAGGAGGCCCCAACUAGAGCACCUGGCAAUGGGGUGGAGGUCCAGCCUGAGCCUGAGGCGGAGGUGCCCAUGGAGACAGGAGAGGUGCUGGAGGAACCAGUUGUGGAGGAGAUGGCUGUCAUAGUGGAACCAGAAGCGGAGAUGGAGCCAGAGGCUGACGUAGAAGCUGAGCCAGAGGCUGACGUAGAAGCUGAGCCAGAGGCUGACGUAGAAGCUGAGCCAGAGGCUGACGUAGAAGCUGAGCCAGAGGCUGACGUAGAAGCUGAGCCAGAGGCUGACGUAGAAGCUGAGCCAGAGGCUGACGUAGAAGCUGAGCCAGAGGCUGACGUAGAAGCUGAGCCAGAGGCUGACGUAGAAGCUGAGCCAGAGGCUGACGUAGAAGCUGAGGCUGACGUAGAAGCUGAGGCUGACGUAGAAGCUGAGGCUGACGUAGAAGCUGAGGCUGACGUAGAAGCUGAGGCUGACGUAGAAGCUGAGGGAGUAGAAGCUGAGGCUGAAGUAGAGGCUGAAGUAGAGGCAGAGGCUGAAGUAGAGGCAGAGGCUGAAGUAGAGGCAGAGGCUGAAGUAGAGGCAGAGGCUGAAGUAGAGGCAGAGGCUGAAGUAGAAGCAGAGGCUGAAGUAGAAGCAGAGGCUGAAGUAGAAGCAGAGGCUGAAGUAGAAGCAGAGGCAGAACUAGAAGCAGAGAUGGUCCCAGAGUUAGUAGUAGAGGUAGUCCCACAGCCUCCCAGCCCUGUCACCACCACCCCUCCUGUCUCCAGACCAGCCAGUCCCCUGGUGCAGGCCCCUCCAGCCGCCCCUGCCCCUCCAGCCGCCCCUGCCCCUCCUAGCCCGCCCCCUGAGGAGCCUCCACGACGGGGCCAGAGACGAGCCCGCAGCCGUAGCCCUGAGCAGCGCCGGACGAGGGCUCGCACCACACGAAGUCGUUCCCCCCUCACCCUGGACCGACUCCCCCGCCACGUCGCCACCUCACACAGCCCCGCCACCCAGGCACCCGCAGAGGGAAGCUCACGGACUCGACAGCAUGUUCUGUCCCGGCAGAGCACCGCAGAGUACGAGGCCCAGUCAGCCGGAACAGGGUCUGGGAACGCCCCAGAGCCCGGUACCACCCCACCCCAGGAGGGAGAGGCCGCGGGCGGGGAGGGAGCAGCAGGACGACGUCCCCCCACCAUCAUGCUGGACCUGCAGGUGCGUCGUGUUCGUCCAGGUGAGUACCGCCAGAGGGACAGCAUUGCUAACAGAACCCGCUCACGCUCCCAGAACUCCAACAACACCUUCCUGUACGAGAGUGAGAGGGGGGGGUUCCGCAGGACCUUCUCCCGGUCGGAGCGUGCGGGUGUGAGGACGUACGUCAGCACCAUCAGGAUCCCUAUCAGGAGGAUCAGUGAUGCGGGGUUGGGAGAGGCCACCUCCAUGGCUCUGCAGACCAUGAUACGACAGAUCAUGACCGGCUUCGGAGAGCUCAGCUACUUCAUGGACUCAGACUCUGACUCCUCGGACUCAAACCGUGGCGGUGGUAACCCCACUGGCGCUGCCGACCUGGCCGAGGCGCUCAACACUCCCGACGGGGGAGUAGCCGGCAUGGCGGAGGGGGCGGAGCCUCCUGUCUCAGUGAGCGGGCAUAGUAUUGGAGGAGCCGGGGAGGCAAGGACAGAGGAGAGGGAGGGGGAGGACGGGAUGGGUCUAGGUCUGUCCCCAGGGUUAGGUUUAGGGGUGGGGGGCACCCCCAGGGAGGGGCGAGGUCGCCCCCGUGCCCCCAUCAGUCUGGAGGAACCAGGGUCACUACCCUUCCUCCGCCUUGCUCACUUCUUCCUCCUGAAUGAUGAGGAUGAGGAACAGCCCAGAGGACUCACCAAGGAGCAGAUCGACAACCUCUCCACCAGGAACUUUGGGGAGAGUGAUGCUCUGAAGACCUGCAGUGUGUGUAUCACAGAGUAUGCCGAGGGGAACAAGUUGAGGAAGUUGCCCUGUUCUCAUGAGUACCAUGUUCACUGUAUCGACCGCUGGCUGUCUGAGAACUCCACCUGUCCUAUCUGCCGCAGGGCCGUGUUGGUGUCUGCGAACCGGGAGAGUGUGGUCUAACCUGGAGAGCUGGAGGUCAGGGGUCAGCGGUGCUCCAGGCAGACAGUAUAUAACACCGUGUCAGUUCUGCAGGCCUUUCUCCUAGUCAGACCACUUACGUUGUUCAUGUUUUCAUUCUUAAGCCAUCACUGACUUUUAUCCAACUGACAUGCUGGUGUUUGGACAGACAGAGAGACCGACAGGAAGGAAGGAAGGUGAUGUCCUCAUAGACUCUGUAGGAAGAGACGUGAGAAAGAGAUACAACUGUCCCCUGUUGGCUAACAGACCCCACUCUCCCGUACCUGUCUUACCCCAAAAGGGACUCCACUGUCCCCACCUGACCCCACUCUCCCCUACCUGUCUUACCCCAAAAGGGACUCCACUGUCCCCACCUGACCCCACUCUCCCCUACCUGUCUCACCCCAAAAGGGACUCCACUGUCCCCACCUGACCCCACUCUCCCCUUACCUGUCUCACCCCAAAAGGGACUGUCCCCACCUGACCCAACUCUCCCCUACCUGUCUUACCCCAAAAGGGACUGUCCCCACCUGACCCUGCUCUCCCCUACCUGUCUUACCCCAAAAGGGACUGUCCCCACCUGACCCUGCUCUCCACCUGAAAGACUUAACUGCCUUUAUCAAUACUCUGGAACGGCUCACAGACUGUCAGUGUGUCAAAGCUUUGCUGAAUUAGUUUUUAAGUUAAAACUGUAGAAUGUUGUACAGGCUUUAAUGGGCAGAAUGAGAUGUGACGGACUGGGAUUCCGUUGGGAAUUCUAUCAGUUUAUUUUCGACUCGUAUUGCAUCAUAUUCAGGACAUCGGACCAAUAGUACUGAUUAUUGAUUAUGAAUUGUGUUGAACCGUUGUUGAGAUGGGAUGUAGGUAUCUGUUAACUGAUCCUAGUAUGUAGUCUUAACUCUAGCCCAUCACAUGAAGCAUUGAUCUGGCCUGUUUCUAUUUCUGCCCUCUGACAGUGUUUCAUCAUGACCUGGCCUGUGUACACAAAGCAUAUCGCAGUAUCAGUGGGGGUCUAGGAUCAGUCAGUCAGUGGGGGUCUAGGAUCAGUCCAUCAGUGGGGGUCUAGGAUCAGUCCGUCAGUGGGGGUCUAGGAUCAGUCCGUCAGUGGGGGGUCUAGGAUCAGUCAGUCAGUGGGGGUCUAGGAUCAGUCAGUCAGUGGGGGGUCUAGGAUCAGUCAGUCAGUGGGGGUCUAGGAUCAGUCCGUCAGUGGGGGUCUAGGAUCAGUCCGUCAGUGGGGGUCUAGGAUCAGUCCGUCAGUGGGGGUCUAGGAUCAGUCAGUCAGUGGGGGUCUAGGAUCAGUCCGUAUAAUCUUAUUCAUUAUGACCUAAAAGGGCCAACUGAUCCUAGAUCAUCACUCUUACUCUGGGACACUUUAUGGAUACGGGCCCUGAAUGAUAAUGACAACCUCCUUAUGAUCCUAACCCUGUCACUAUGACAACCUGUUGGUUCUGCUACCAUAUGACCAGGAAGUGAACAGGCGGCUGCAUUAUGGCUCCAUCUUCACCACCCUUUCUCUAUAUAGUGCACUACCCAUAGGACUCUAGUCAGAAGUACUGCUCUAUAUCGGGGAUAGUGCCGUUUGGGAAUCACAUUUAUGGGUUCCAUGUGGUGUUGCAUGAAGGAUCUGGAUUUAGACCCCUGCCGGGCCAGGGUUAGACCCGGGCCAGGUUUAAGCCCCGUGUCUAACCCAAGCCAGGUUAGACCCAGGCCAGGUUAGACCCAGGCCAGGUUAGAACCCAGGCCAGGUUAGACCCAGGCCAGGCUGCUGCCUCUGUCCUGUGUUUUGGCCUAGAACUUCUACCACCAAGAGACAUCUUCAUAUCUGGAACACCAGUGCAAUAACUACAGAGUGGGAAAACUGAAGAAGUGUAAUAUUCUAAACUUGUAUAUUAUUAUUUCUAAAAUAUUGUAGACUGAAUAUUCACAGUUAAAACGAAGACUUGUUCCCUUUUAAAAAUGUGUUAAUCUUUUUAUUUUCUUGAGCUUGGUUCUUUGUGUACAUUCUGAUAGCGCUCUUUCUUGUUGAGCGGUGGGCCUGUAGGAUGCUGUAGGUUGGCUGUUCACCCAGAGGGAGGGAGUGUUCCAUGCCACGAUGACAUCACAUUCUAUAGGUUCCAUGUGUUCUCACGGUUGCCGUCAUUACCUCCUCCCUGUACAAAUAAAGUUUUGGGUGGUUGAAGCUCUGUUAUUGUUGAUAAUGA